AGAGUUCAUUGCCAACAACUAUUCUUCAAUCAAAUCGGCUAACCCUCAUUUCCCGAUUUUGGUCCGCGAAGCAAGUGGAGUUGAAGCGCGUUUCUUUGCACGAUACGAUUUUGGGAAGGAAAAGAAGGUUGUGUUAAACAAUCUUUCGGCAAAAGAAGUAGAGUCCAAGUUAGAAGAAUUG